GGUGCACAGAGCGCAGGCACCGCCGAGUGUCAGAGGCCGCAACGCAGAGCUCUGCAGAUGAAGCAUGGCAGGCGACAGCGAGACAAAGCCAGGUGACCAAGCCGAAAAUGAGGGCAAUGAUCGGCAGCCUUUUCUCAUUGGUGUUGCCGGAGGAACAGCCAGCGGCAAGUCAUCGGUUUGCAGUAAGAUCAUGGAGCUGCUGGGUCAGAACGAAAUCGACCACCAUCAGCGGCAAGUGGCCAUCCUCAGCCAGGACAGCUUCUACAAAGUCCUGACUACUGAGCAGAAGGCCAAGGCACUCAAGGGCCAGUUCAACUUUGACCACCCAGAUGCAUUUGACAACGACCUCAUAAUCUCAACACUGUGGGACAUUAAGGAGGGCAAAACAGUACAGAUACCUGUUUACGACUUUGUUACCCAUUCCAGGAAGGAGGAGACAGUGACGGUGUACCCUGCUGAUGUGGUGCUGUUUGAGGGCAUCCUGAUGUUCUAUUCUCAGCAGAUCCGAGACCUUUUCCAAAUGAAGUUGUUUGUGGAUACAGACGCAGACACACGGCUAUCCCGCAGAGUGCUGCGUGAUAUCAGCGAACGUGGUCGAGAUCUGGAAAGCGUUCUAGCACAAUACAUUACUUUUGUGAAGCCUGCGUUUGAGGAGUUCUGUCUACCAACGAAGAAAUAUGCUGAUGUGAUCAUACCAAGAGGAGCUGAUAACCUUGUUGCCAUAAACCUCAUAGUGCAACACAUCCAGGAUAUACUAAACGGGGGUUUAACCAAACGGCUGACUGGGUGGUUUAACGGUUAUGGAGCAACAAAGAAGCCCAACAUGGAGUCGAGCAGUCGGCCUCACUGAACCCACCACCCCCUGGAAGACCAGGAGGUCCACCGUAUAACCCUCAUGCACCGCAUCAUAGCUAACAAGGCAGAAGCAAUGCCAGGAAAUCAGGCCUCAUUUUGAUACUUGUUUUGGACUGAGUGAAUUUACAACAAGGAGGGAAAACCAUUCCUACACAGCGGAGUCAAUGUAGGCACAUACAGUGAAGUAUUUGUUUUGGUUUUUUUGUAUCUUGUAUGUGGUUUGUUGAAACUGACAAAGGGCAAGAGAUUAAGGGCCUUCCCUGGAAUUUAAUUUAUAACUGCUGCUUGCCUUUAUCACAACACUGGGAUUGAAGCAAAAGAUGCAGUUUCAGUGUCUAAAAAGAUUUACAACCACUUGAAAGCCUUUAACUAUCCAAUAAAUGCAGUGUAGCAACAUGCUAUGUAAUGGCAGGGCCUUACUCAAUAAGGUUCAACUUGUGACCUGACUAACACCUUUAUCAAUGCAAUGCAACGUUUUUUCAAGCUCUAUAUGAAGUAUAUUUUGACAUAAGUUUUGAAAAGAUGUAAUGUGGGUUGUGAUUUCUGGUAUAGUGCAUUUGUGUCUUGGCACCAAUUGCUUUGUCUGUGUGAAUCUAAAUUAGUUAAUAAUUAAUUGAAACAACCAGCUCCCACCUCAGAUCAUUGAUGUGUGACAUCGCCAAAGAAAAUGUUCUGUACUGUCCUUAAUAUACUGUAAUUUAAUCAAGAUGAUGUGUGACCUGGUAAGAUACAGAAGAAAUCAUUAUGCUGUUAUGGAGUUACCACAAGUAUUAUUUUUCCUCUGAUUCGCUGAAACUUGAAAUCCUCAGAUGCACAUGUAUGCAAGUUUCAUUUAAAAGAAUUGAACCACAACAAAUUCUGUUACUAAAUGCAUUGAGCUGAAAGAUGUCAUAAAGUACACAAUACCUGACAUAAAUGUGCUCUGUAAAUGUCUUUAUGCAGUUCCUGUAGACAUCGUUUUGUUACUAUAAAGUUCUCAGGUACUCUCCUGGUUUGCUUGACUCAACACGUUACUUCCACAGUCUUGCAUUUACUGACGUAAAAAAAAAAAAUACACCUCAUCAUGACCUACUGUCACUGUGGUUUGGUUCAGGUUGAUAUGGGUUGUGUUGUUUACUUGUGUUAUAUGGUCAUGUAUUUGUUCUUUUAUCAGUAAAAUUGCAAUGUUGAAUUUCAA